UGGCAAUUGGUGUGGCGUGUGGCGAUGAAAAAUGGCAGUGAUUGACAGUGUCAUAAUCAGAGAAUUAGCUAAAUUUCUAGAAAUUUGAAUUUUUUAAUUAUUUUCUAUGUUUGUUUAUUACUACUUAUAGGAAUGGUUUGGAUUCAAAUACUCCUCGGCAUCGUAUCAUUUCUAAUUUGCAAUGAAGUGGCCAUAGCAUUUUACAUUCCUGGCGUUGCUCCAGUGGAAUUCAAAGCUGGAGCUCCAAUCGAAGUGAAGGCUGUUAAAAUGACCAGUACUCGAACUCAACUUCCAUACGAGUACUACUCACUUCCUUUCUGUCGACCAAAAAAUCGAACUAUCUAUAAAUCGGAAAAUCUUGGUGAGGUAUUGCGAGGUGAUAGAAUCGUGAACACACCAUAUGAAGUUCGGAUGGCUGAGGAUGUGAGCUGCAAACUGCUGUGUCACUCACCCGACAGUCCGAUCCACUGGACAUCUGAAGAGCAGCAGAAAGUCGUCAACAGAAUAAAUCAUGAGUACUCCGUUCACUUGCUUGUGGACAAUUUACCUUGUGCUACCAAAGGCUCCUCGGACGAUCAGUAUGAACACGGCUACCGAUUAGGGUUCACCGACAAUGGAGCUUUCAUCAACAACCAUUUGAAAUUGAUUUUGCAUUACCACACUGUAAAUGAUGAAACGUAUAGAGUGGUUGGAUUCGAAGUGGAACCCCAGAGUAUUGACUUGAGCGAGCUGAAAUUUGAAGACGGCAAAUGCGUUAUUCCACCAACGAAGGAAAAAGUGAAGCCGCAACAGGUUGGUGGUGGAUCCAGCACGAUUGGUCUGCACUUCACCUAUUCCGUUGAAUGGAAGUCGUCGCCAGUGAGCUGGGCCUCGCGGUGGGACAUCUACCUUGCCAUGUCCGACGUGCAAAUACAUUGGUUCUCCAUCGUCAAUUCGCUUGUCGUCGUGUUCUUCCUCUCAGGUAUUCUGACAAUGAUAAUGGUGCGGACUCUGCGCCGGGACAUAGCGCGCUAUAACGCCGACGAUGGGAUUGAGGAGGCACUGGAGGAGUCGGGCUGGAAGCUGGUGCAUGGUGACGUGUUCAGGCCACCCCGCCACCCCCGUCUCUUCGCCGCCAUCAUCGGCUCCGGCAUCCAGAUCUACUUCAUGGCACUCAUCACACUGUUUUUCGCGAUGCUUGGAAUGCUUUCUCCAGCUUCUCGUGGUGCCCUAAUGACGGCCGCCAUUUUCCUUUAUGUCUUCAUGGGUCUCAUUGCAGGCUUCAUCUCAGCAAGACUGUACAAAACUCUCAAAGGCAGGGAAUGGAAGAGAGCUGCAUUUUUGACAGCCACUUUCUACCCAGCUUUGGUCUUCGGAAUCUGCUUCUUUUUGAACUUCUUCAUAUGGGGCAAGAGCUCGAGUGGGGCCGUUCCGUUCUCAACAAUGCUGUCGCUGCUCCUGUUGUGGUUUGGAAUUUCUCUGCCUCUUGUUUACUUGGGCUACUAUUUCGGAUUCAGAAAGCAACCUUUCCCACAUCCGGUCAGGACUAAUCAAAUUCCUCGUCAAGUACCUGAUCAAGUUUGGUACAUGAAUCCUUCAUUGUGUGUAUUGAUGUCCGGAGUGCUCCCGUUUGGAGCUGUCUUCAUCGAAUUGUUCUUCAUCUUCACCGCAAUUUGGCAGAAUCAGUUCUAUUACAUGUUCGGCUUCCUCUUCUUAGUGUUCAUUAUUUUGGUCAUAUCUGUUUCUCAAAUAUCAAUAGUAAUGGUCUACUUCCAACUUUGUGGGGAGGAUUAUCAUUGGUGGUGGCGUUCCUUACUUGUGUCUGGAGGCUCAGCUCUCUAUGUGCUGGGCUAUUCUGUUUUCUACUUUAUGACGAAACUUGAAAUCACCGAGUUCAUCCCCACCCUUCUCUACUUUGGCUACACUGCUAUCAUGGUCUUCACAUUUUGGAUACUAACGGGCACAAUUGGAUUUUUCGCAGCAUAUGCCUUUUUGACCAAAAUUUAUGCUGCAGUUAAAAUAGAUUGAGUCUAUUGUAAGUGAACUUGCAUAGUGAUGACUAUGUCGUUUUUCUCUGGAACAUUUAAGUAUUCACAUUAUUCUAGGAUUAAAAUAAUGUGGUGCAACAUUAUAGUGUAAAUAAUCACUUUCACGAUUAAUUUUUUGAAAUGUUAUACAAAGAGUAAAUGUAAGUAGAUUGAAGUGUACUAUAAUAUUAACGUGACUAAUGUAUUUUGUAACACUUAUUGCUUGCUUUAAUUGCACUUCAAAUCAUGGAAAUUUGUUUCCAUUCACUUCUUAAAUUCUGUUAGUAGUUUUGAUAAUAUGUUUGAUGAUCAUGGCCGCCCCGAAAUCUACAAUCUACAUUGAAAUGAAUCUUACAAGCAAUUAGAUCAAUAAAUUUCAGACUGAUUUGCAUUUCCUAUUAUUAUGGAUGUAAUAUUAUUUGAAUUUUUAAUACAAUAAUUUGUAAUAAAUUUUAUGUUUUCCAUUUUAGUAAACCCCAAAUUACAUUUAUCAAAUUAUCGAUAAAGAAUUGAAUGAUAAUUGAAUUCCAUGGAAUUUCGUCUGUGGCGGAGAUGAUGCCCACAUACGUUUUAGACUUGUCCUUAGAUGAUGAGUUGGUGUCUUUUCCUGUUUGUUGAAACUUGUUUUCAGUAAAUUUUUAAUUAUCUAAUUUCAAUCACAUAAAGAAUCAAUAUUCUCUUCACAAUGCAAUUAUCGUAAAUAAAACCUAUUGGUCUUAAUAUUAUCCCAUAACUACUUUCAAAUGUUUCAAUCUAUCUCCCUUUGUGAUAAUUUAGAGAUCACUUGGAACUUGGCAUCACAGAGGAGAAAGUAAUGGUUUCAGAAAUUAUCAUUUAUUUACGAGAUCAAUUUUUGUCAUAGAAAAUCGAUAUAUUUAUUGAAAACAAUUUUUGUCAUAGAAAUCGAUAUAUUUAUUGAAAAAUAUCAUAAAACGUAUGAAAAUCCAUAAUAUAAAUCCAAAUAAGUGAAUUAUUUAAUAUUUCAAAGUCAACUCCACUUCAAUAAAUUAUGUUGAAGAGAAUCAGUCAAUAUUUUUUUUACUUAUCGUACCAGGAAUAAGGUGCGAAUUUUUCAAGCCAAUAGUAAUUUGUUUAGGCUAUUAGUUUAUUUCAAAAACAAAAAUCUCAUUCAAGUAUCUCAAUGCAAUAUUUUAAUAAUCGUAAUGAAAUCCAAUUUCUUUCCAAGUGCAAUUGGCUGGGAGAUUGCCAUAAAGUAAUUUUAAUUCCUUCAGUAGGAAGUAAAUAAUUCCUAUGUAAUGAUGGCAAGAUAAUUUUUCAUAUUGUCAUCUUAUUUUUCUUUGGUUACAUUUGUAACACUAUAAAUUGUGAUCUAGAAUUUAGAAUAGUUGUAUGCUAAUU